GCUUAUCGGCAGGAAAGGGGUCGCCGGUUUCGUUCGAAACUGAAAACGAAAACAAACAAGUUCUCAAAUCAAAAACUUUUGGUGCAUCCACCUAUUUUCGCUUACUGCCUGAUGAAAUGAUCUUGUAAUUUUCCUGAAUAUUUUACGGUUGAUAUGGCGUCGUGCGACUGGGGUGCUUGGGAAUGUCACCCUGAUUUAGAACAGGAAUGGAAACUGUUUGUUCAGGAGUGUCAAAAAUCAGCUAAAAGUGACCUUACUUCUGAUCUCUGGAUGAACUUUUGGCGCUCAGAGCAGUCGCCACCUAGUAAUGACUUGCCACAUCCAGAUUGUCUUGAAAUUUUGGACCCGGUUCAUAGAGCGGAAGCCAAUACAUUGCCUAAAGACUCACCGACAGUACACGUAGAGGAAGAAAUCAACUCUAAAGCUGCAGAUGUGGCAUUGACGGAUUCUCAACUUCAGCAAAUUAACUCUGUUGCUCUUGAGCUAGCAGACAUUCUUGAUAUGCAGUGUGACAGUAUUCCCGACGACCUCAAAGACUGUUUAUGCUCCUUACCAGCUAAUGGAAUGACUGCACUCCUUAUGGAAUUAGAAUCUCAAUUAACGAACCAAAAGGCUUACAACUUUUGUUCACUGCUUUGUGAAGAAACUGCAGAAGGACCCUGUAUUAAUGUAGCAUUGGUUUUUGAAAUUCUUUUCCUUCCAAUGCUUACUGGUAAUAGCCUCGAGAACCUUUCAGAGGAAGUGAAAGCUGGCUUGAUAAAGAUGAGUGAUCAUUUCCCAUCAGAAUGUGUGUCUCACUUACUAAUGCCUCUCCUUGCCCACGAAGUGACUAGUCCUUCCCUUCUGGAAUUACUCUCUGCUUUAAUUCAACCACUCUCCGAAACAGACUGCUAUUCGUUAAUGAGGUAUUUUGUGCAACAGUGUAGUGCCCCUAUAGAAGAGUGGAGAAUUUCUGUAUUAAAUUGUAUUCUAUCCAAAGCACGGCCAAGCUCAUUGGAGGGCAAAGCUGAGUCAUCUCUCCUAAUUGGCUUGCUUCCUAUUCUCACAGCAUCAUCAAGAGCUCUGUCAACAAGUGAGUUGUUUGCCAGUCUUUUGCUAAAAGUGAUUCCAGCCCUCAAAUGUUGUAGCUCAACUAGAGUACAUGGGGAGCUAGCAACUAUUGUUCAAGAAAAUAAGUCUUUCAAUAAGAAGGCUUUAAGUGAUGCUCUCAAGUCUCUAGGUUCUUAGUGAAUUAAAAACAUGCUUCUAUAAAACCA